AUGGAGAUUAAGACAGGAAGAAACACAUUAGAGGACGAGAAGGAAGAUGAUCAACCACUUAGCCCGGCGGCGCGUCUGUUUCACGCACCGGAAUUUAACUGCAACAUUGUAUCGGUGAUUGGUUUAAAGAGUAAGAUCGACCCUGAUGUGAUUAUCAGAGGGUCUAAACAAACUUUUAUCAGGCAUCCUCGUUUCUCAAGUAUAAUGGUGAGCGAAGGUGAUAAUGGACAAAACCAAAGAUGGGUUCGGACAAACGUGGUCGUCGAGGAUCACGUCAUCAUACCCGAGAUAAAACCGCAAAACAUAGAGAACGCAGACGCAUUUCUUGAAGAUUACGUUUCUGACCUAAUGAAGAUCCCCUUGGAUACCUCGAGGCCUUUAUGGGAGCUUCACUUACUCGACUUGAAAACCUCAGACGCUGAAAACGUAGCCGUUUUAAAGAUCCAUCACUCUGUAGGCGAUGGCAUGUCGAUCAUGUCUCUCGUCCUGGCUUGUAUGCGUAAAACAUCAAACCCCGACGAGCUCCCGAGUCUACCGUACCAGAAACGGUCUUCAUCAGGGCCAGCCCUGUUACCAACCGGUUCAAGGAGUGAUUCCCGGUUAUUGUGGCUGGUUAAGCUUCUCUGGACGGCGGUUAUCUUGGGUUUAAACACGGUUUGCGAUGCUUUGGAGUUUCUUGUUACGACGUUGUUCGUUAAGGACACGGAUACACCCAUCAAAGGUGACUUACGGUCAAAGAAGAGUACACAGCUACGUUUGGUUCAUCGUACCGUAAGCUUUGACGAUAUAAAGCUAAUUAAAAACGCCAUGGAUAUGACAGUCAACGAUGUUGUACUUGGAGUAACCGAAGCUGGUCUCUCACGAUACUUGGAGAGAAGAUACGGAGAAGAGAAUACUAAAAUGAAGCAAAAACAUCUGCCUAAAAGAAUAAGGCUACGGUCAGCUUUGCUUGUGAACUUAAGACCUACAACAGGAAUCCAGGAUCUAGCCGAUAUGAUGGCGAAAGGGUCUAAAUGUAGGUGGGGGAAUUGGUUCGGCUACGUAGUCUUUCCGUUUUCUAUUGCGUUACGCGAUGACCCGCUGGAACAUCUCGAAAGAGCCCAUAAGACUAUCAAUAGGAAGAAGAACUCGUUUGGUGCAAUGCUAACAUACAUCUUCUGUAGGAUCAUUGUCAAAUCACUUGGAACUAAGGUGGCGGCUACCAUAAUUAACAGAUUUGUGUCAAACACAACGAUGACGUUUUCGAACAUGGUUGGUCCCGUUGAAGAAGUUAGCUUCUAUGGACAUCCCAUCACUUACUUCGCAUCAAGUGCUUAUGGUCAUCCCCAUGCGUUGACGAUACAUUGUCAAAGUUAUAUGAAUAAGAUGACAAUUACACUAAUCGUGGAUCCAACGGUUAUAAGUGAUCCUCAUCGGCUCUGUGACGACUGGGAGGAAUCUCUCCGAAACAUUAAAGCCGCUGUCUAUAAAAGAGGGUCUCUCCGUUUGUGGCAUUAUCUGAAGCUUCUCAGUGAUAGAGUGGCUUGGCUACUUUACAAAAUGGCUUGGCUAGUUUACCAAAUGCUAUGAUGCUAAGUUUG